AGCACUGGUAGCUCUUGUCUGUGUGUGGUGGGGAAGAACGAAGAAGUGCCAAGAAAAAUUUAAUUGGCGGCUAAAACAACAAAUACAUAUAUAAUAAAAAACAAUGAUUGAAAGUAAUGAAAAUUUAUCAGAAUCAUCUCAAAGCCGAAUUGAGCGAAACCGCCAAAAGGCAUUAGCAAUCAGACAAGCUAAGUUGGUAUCUCACCCUAACGCAAAAAGUACUGCAGUCUCCAUCGAUAAAACUACAAUCAAAAUUGGCUCUACUCGAUAUAAAGAUACAGGAGGUGGAUUUUUAUUAGAAGAAGAACCCGAAAAAGAUCUACCCACUGAUUCGGAGGCUACAGCUGAACCCCCGGUUGUGGAAGACGAUAGACCUAAUUGCGUAAAAUGCCAGAAGCCAAUUGCAACAUCGUGGCUUUUCGACAAUUUUCUUUAUAAGUGUUGUGAUUCUUGCAAAGAUCCAGAGGAGCACAAACUCAUUACGAAAACCGAAGCCUUGAAAACAUAUUUGUUAAAGGACAUUGAUCUGGAAAAGCGGGAACCUCCUCUCAAAUUUAUCACCAAGAAGAAUCCGCACCAUGUUCGAUGGGGCGAAAUGAAACUGUAUCUCCAGCUCCAGGUGGAAGAGCGGGCACUGGAAAUUUGGGGCAGCAAGGAGGCAAUGGAAGAGGAGCGUCUGCGACGUGAAGAUAAACGUGUUAUUUUGAAAGCAAAACGCUAUCAGAAGGAACUGAAAGAAUUGCGAAUGUCAAUGAGGAGCAGUUUAUACGACAGGACAUCAGCUGCUGCCCACGUCCAUGAGUUUGGUCCUGAAACGUACAAUGAGGAGGAAGAUACCUACAGUCGUAGUUGUUUAACGUGUUCAUAUGUAGAAACUUUUGAAAAAAUGUAAUGAUUUUAAUAAAAAAAUUCACUUAUAAAA